AUGGCUAAGCUUGCCAUUUUCAUCUCGUGCGCCUUGCUCCUAGCCUCGGCGUGCCAAGGCCUCCAGGUGGGUUACUACAAGAAGACGUGCCCCAAUGCAGAGGCCCUCGUGCGCGCCCAGGUGAAGAAGGCCGUCCGCUCCGACGCCGGCUCCGGCGCCGGCCUCAUCCGCAUGCUCUUCCAUGACUGCUUCGUUGAGGGCUGCGACGCGUCUGUCCUGCUCGACCCGACGUCGGCCAACCCGCAGCCGGAGAAGCUCGGCGCACCGAACAACCCGAGCCUGCGCGGCUACGAGGUGGUCGACGCGGCCAAGGCCGCCGUCGAGCGCGCCUGCCCGGGCGUCGUGUCCUGCGCCGACAUCAUCGCCUUCGCCGCCCGCGACGCGUCCUAUCUCCUCAGCGACGCCAGGGUCAGCUUCCACGUCCCCGCUGGUCGGCUCGACGGACGCAGAUCCAUCGCCAACGACACGCUCCUGUUCCUGCCCGGCCCGUCCUCCAACCUGUCCACCCUCGUCUCCGGCUUCACCGCCAAGGGCCUCUCCACCGAGGACAUGGUCGUGCUCUCCGGCGCGCACUCCAUCGGCCGGUCACACUGCUCCUCAUUCGUCCAGGACCGCCUCGCCUCCCAGUCCGACAUCGGCGCGCCACUCGCCAGCCUCCUGCGUCGGCGGUGCCCGGCUAGCCCGACCACGGGCAACGACCCGACGGUGGUGCAGGACUUCGUGACGCCGAGGAAGCUGGACAACCAGUUCUACAGAAACGUGCUGGCGCGCAGGGUGCUGUUCACGUCGGACGCCGCGCUGCUGACGGCACCGGCCACAGGGAAGAUGGUGCGCGCCAACGCCAGGUUCCCGGCGUCGUGGGAGAAGAAGUUCGCUAAAGCGAUGGUCAAGAUGGCCAACAUCGACAUCAAGGGCCGCGGCGUCGGAGAGGUCAGGAAGAACUGCCGCAUCGUCAACUAGCAAUGCAAAUGCAAGCUACAUUUUGGUUUCGUCUGAUCCAAUAUCUGAUUGGUUGUGAAGAAUUUUCCUCUUCCCUUUAUGUUGCAUUUUU